AUGAAGUUACUGCUCCUACUCAUCCUCUAUCUGACCACAGGUUGUGAAUCUGAAGUGAGAGCAUGUCACCAUCGAUGGGCUGAAAUCACCUGCAAAUAUCCUGAAACAAAUAACAAAUAUCAGAACAUUGAUGUAGUUCUUUCCAAUGGAACACCUGUACAAAGCUUUAAGAAGGACGUGUGGGAAGAAAAUGGCAGAUUUGUCCUCUACCAUGAUACAAAAAAUAAAAAUCUCAAGGUUGCAAUAAAACAUGUUGAAGAGCGAGAGUUUGGGAAGUACAGCUGCAGGUUUUUCCAAAGAUCGAACUCACCUGACAUACAGGAAGGAAAACUGGAGACUGAGCAUGCAAACUGCCCGCGAACAUAUCUCAGCGUGUACACAACAGCGAACAGCACCAUCACAUGUGGUUAUCCAGAUGUUUACGAGUCCCACAUAAAGUUCUUCUGUAAAAAGAACCGUUUUACCUGUGAGGACAUUUUAUCAACGUCAAAAGGGACGUUUACUCUCACAGGCAGCAGCCGUGCCUUUAACAUUUCCAUCAGUCAUGUGACCUCACAGGAUGCUGGUGAUUACUGGUGUGGAGUGGAAUCAAAUGAUGGAAGUUACAGAUUAUCACACACACAAAUACACCUGAAAGUUAUAGACAUUCAACCUUUGACAUCAACUAUUGGACAGAACUCCACAUACCAGUGUAAGUACAACCAGGAUGCCUCCUCAUGUAUAAAAUUCAUCUGCAAAGGAGAAGAUUCAACUGUAUGCAAACAGCUAGUAACCAGCACAGAGCCUGACGUGAACCAGAGGUUUAUAAUGAAAGAGAACAGCGGGAGUAUCACCAUUACAGUGAGAGAAGUAACAGCAAACGAUAGUGGGAUAUACUGGUGUGGAGCAAGAGUCCCUCACAAACACAAUCAAACACAUGACGACUUCUUUGAUGGAUUUCAUUUGAUUCUAGAAACAGGUCCUCCUCUAACCACAGCAACCACCGCAGCUCCUCAGAGUUCUGUGAUGACCUUGAUCCUACGUGUGGCUGGGUUGCAGCUGAUGUUUGCAAUCAUUUUAUUCCUUAUCUAUAAAC